CAAGCACGAAGGUCGUCUGUGGGUCGCGCGGCGGCGGUGGCGGCGGCUCGGCUUCGCCGGCAAACCGACACCGUACCGAGCGAGCGCGCCGCCGCCGAUCGCAGUAGCAGUGCUCCGGUCGUCCAGACCUCCCGACACACUCGCGCGCAUGCUCUUCCAAACCGCCGCCGCCACCGCCACCGCCGUCCGGGGCGAAUGAUAAUAACAAUAACAAUAACAAUAAUAAUAAUAAUACAAAUAAUCACAACAGUAACAACACAUACACACACAUAGUACACGGCGCACAGAGAGCGUUAUAUUUUUUGAAGCUCUCGUUUGUUCUUUCGUCCAGCUCAUCGGAAGUAAUAUAAAAUUGGAUAUUUACCUGCUGAAAGUUCGAUAGGCAUAAUAAUAUUAUACUAUAUCAUACUUAAAACAUUCUUGGAAAAAUCUUUUUGACGGUUUGUCGCGAGUGCAUACAAGUAUAGUCCAAACGAUAAACAGAUAAAUAAAAUAUCAUAGCGACAGCUUCCGCUGCACACAAGCGAGGCGACAGACGCGCACUGUCGGUGCGGGGCAGUACAUCGGGAUCGGGAUCGGUCACGAGCUGCAGCAGCGAGGAGCGGAACAGCAUCAGCACCAGCAACAGCCAAAGUUCUGGUGCCCGGUCAGUGGAACCCAAGAUCACGAUGACAACAGAGACGACCGGCCGACGCAGUGCACAGUGAGCAGUCGUACAAUACGACGGCGCAGUAACCCCGCAGAAUUAUUAUCAUUAUAGUUACGUUACCAAUAUGGCAGCAUUCAAGGGCCGAACCGGGACAGCAGCCGAUGACAAGGAGGCGGCAGACGCCAUGCUGGCCACCACCGUGAUAGGCGGCGUCACCACGGUCACCGACGACGACGACGACGACGAUGAUCGCGACUUGCAGUGCGGCAUAGGGCCGUGCAGGUCCAAGUGGAUGCAGGUGUUCGCGUCCAAGCAAGUGUUCCUGGCCACGUUCUGUUUCAGCUGGGUGCUGCAGGGCAUGUUCUCCACGUACUUCGUUAGCGUGAUCACCACGUUGGAGAAGCUGUUCCAGCUGCAGAGCAAGACCAUGGGACUGGUGCUGAGUGCCACCGAAAUCGGACAGAUCGGAUCGUCCUUGUUGCUCACAUACUACGGCGGCCAGGGACAUCGGCCCAGGUGGAUAGCUUCCAGCAUGGUGCUGUUCGGUGUUGCUGCCUUCGCGUGCUCGUCGCCGCACUUCCUGUUCGGCCACCACCAGUAUUCGCCGUCGGCUUCGAUGAUGAGCGGCGGUGUGGCCGGGUCGGCUGGAAACUCGACCAACGACUAUUAUCCUUCCAACGUGUGCGUGGCUCCCGACCUCAGCAUCGGUGCCGAAGGUAGUCCUCGGCCACCGGUGCAGCAACACGACAUGUGCGAACAGAACGAACUAUCCGAACAGUUGGAACAGUCCAGAAACACGCAAAUUGUGUUGGCCAUAUUUUUCACCAGCCUGCUGGGAGUGGGCAUCGGACAGACUGCCGUUUACACGCUGGGCAUACCGUUCAUCGACGACAACGUGGCCAGCCGCGAGUCGCCACUGUACUUCUCCAUCACGAUUGGGGUCCGCAUACUCGGACCCUCUUUUGGGUUCCUGUUGGGCGCAUUGUGCACCAGCCUGUACGCUGACCUGAGCAGCGAGCCCAACAUGGAUACCAACAACCCGCGGUGGGUGGGCGCCUGGUGGCUGGGCCUGGUCGGCAUUUCGGCCACUCUGUUGUUGGCCUCCGUGCCGAUGUUCGCGUUCCCCAAGCGGUUGCCUGGUCCGCCGUCGGCCACCAAUGCCGCCCUGAAAAAGCAGCACCCACCCCAGCGAGCCGUCAACGGGUGCGCCGAUGUAUCCCUGUCUUUGCCACCACCUCCCCCUUACGACGGCUCGUCGGACGUGCCCAAGACGCCUAAGCUCAAAGAUUUUCCGACCGCCGUCAAGAGGCUUCUGAAAAACGACAUGCUCAUGUACAGGACCGCGAGUAGCGUGUUCCACCUGUUGCCACUGGCUGGCAUCUACACGUUCCUGCCCAAGUAUUUCGAGUCACAAUUCCACUUUCCCACGCACACCGCCAACAUGGUCACAGGCAUUUACGGAAUUAUGGUCAUGGGCAUUGGAAUCAUAAUAUCGGGAAUAUUCAUACUGAAGAAAAAUCCAAAUGCCAGAGCAGUGGCCGCGUGGAUCGCGUUUACGGCCCUGGCAUACGCCAUCGGUAUGUGCAUUUUAAUGUUUUUCGGAUGUCCAACUACGAAUAUCACAGGAUUGCGAUACGACGAACUGGAUCAGCCCAAGUUCGAGUCACCGUGCUCGGACCGAUGUGUGUGCGACGAGGAGAUGUUCAGUCCGAUUUGUGGCGUGGAUGGGAUAACUUACUUCUCGGCGUGCCACGCCGGAUGCCGGAAUCAGACGUUUGGAAAAGAGUACAGCGCUGGCUACAAGUUCACGGACUGCCAGUGCAUGAACAGCAACGCCACUGAGGCGUAUCCGGGCUCGUGCAAAGACGAUUGCGAGGACUCAGGCUUCUGGUACAUAGCUCUGUUCUCCUUGUUCGUGUUCAUCCAUUCCACUUCAGAGGUGGGCAGCAUGUUGCUUAUACUUCGGUGCGUACAUCCUCAGGACAAGGCCAUGGCUCUCGGGCUCAUACAAUUCGCCAUAGGCCUAUUCGGUAACGUUCCUUGCCCCAUACUAUACGGAGCAGUCGUCGACUCUGCCUGUCUCAUAUGGGAAAUGACGUGCGGAAAACAAGGAGCGUGCUCUCUGUACAACUCGGACUCGUUCCGUAUCUUCUACCACGGUGUUACUGGACUGCUGAUGAUGUGCGCCUUUUUCGUUGAUAUAAUUGUCUGGUACAAGGCGGGGAGUAUAAGCUUUGAGGACGACCAUCAACUGCCGAUUAACGAGGAAGAACUGAGCCAACUGACACCUAUAACUGACAAAACCGAAACGACUGUUUGACUAAAGUAGAUGGUACUAAAGAACAUCAACAUCAACACGAUAUGUCAUGUUCCUUAUUCAUAACCUCGGAGAGAUCUGUUUAAUUGUUAUUGAAUUUUAUACGGAUUAAAUGUAUAAAUUUUUCAUUUAUAACUUAUGUAAAUAUAUAAGGUAUAUUAUAAAUGUUUUUAAUAAUUUUACGCAAGUCAAAACAUGACAAAUUUAUAUUAUAAUGAUCACCACAAGGUGCUUUCAAUUUAUAUAAAAAAGUAGCAUCACUUACAGUUUAUAUAGAUAGAAUAAUUAUUUUCGUUCCUUACCGGUACAAUAAUACAUUUAUUGUAGGCAACGAAAAAUAAACAAUAGAAUUUUUUUUAUAUGUUUUUUAUUAG